CGGCCUUGAAGUAAAGCGGAAAAUACAAGGGGGACUGGGUCAGGGUGAAUCCCAUUCAAGGUUCUUUUGUUAUCAAUGUUGGCGACAUUAUUCAGAGAAGGAUAGAGAGAUCAGAUGGCUGAAGUUGAUGUGGCUUUUGUCCAACCUCUAGAGCACAGGCCAAAGCCCAACAAUUCUGCCGAGAUAGUAGAAGGAAUUCCAGUGAUUGACCUCUUUCAAUUAACACAGAAUUAUCAGAGUUCGGGUUCAAUCGAUGCUCAAACUGAGAUUGUUUCCAAAAUUGGCAAUGCGUGUAGGGAUUGGGGAUUUUUCCAAGUCAUCAAUCACGGCGUACCGUGCGAACUCCAACAGAGAGUUGAUGCGACAGUGAAGAAAUUCUUUGAUCUGUCGCCUGAGGAAAGACGCAAAGUUAAGAGAGACGAGACUAAUCCUUUGGGUUAUUACGACACUGAGCAUACCAAGAAUGUUAGAGACUGGAAGGAAGUGUUCGACUUCACCGUGAUAGAUCCGAUGGUCUUACCUGCCGCAUCAUGCCAAGUUCAUGACCAAAAUUAUGAGCUCCAUGAGUUGAGGAACCAAUGGCCAACUUAUCCUCCUGAAUUCAGGGAGGUGUGUGAAGAAUAUGCUAAAGCUAUGGAAAAACUAUCAUUUAAGCUGCUAGAAAUCAUGGCCUUAAGCUUGGGCUUGCCAGAAAAGAGGUUAAAUGGUUACUUCGAUGAUGAGCAUACUAGUUUUAUAAGGUUCAACCACUACCCACCUUGUCCAACACCACAUUUAGCUCUUGGCGUCGGUCAUCACAAAGAUUCGGGUGCCUUGACUGUUCUAGCACAGGAUGAUGUUGGUGGUCUAGAAGUAAAGCGCAAAACAGAUGGUGAGUGGAUCAAGGUCAUGCCUAUUGCAGGUUCUUACAUAAUCAACGUCGGCGAUAUAAUUCAGGUCUGGAGCAACGAUGAGUACGGGAGUGCAGAGCAUAGAGUGGUGGUUAAUUCAGAGAGGGAAAGAUUUUCAAUCCCUUUCUUUUUCAACCCUUCACAUACUGUAAUGGUAAAGCCGUUAGACGAGCUGAUAAACGACCAGAAUCCAGCCAAAUAUAAGGAAUAUAACUGGGGGAAGUUUUUUAAGACCAGAAAGAUAAGUGAUUUCAAGAAGCUCGAUGUCGAGAACAUUCAAGUACAUCACUUCAAAGAAUCCGAUUGACAAUUUAUGUAUCCUUCUAGCUAGUCAAGCAUGUAUCUUUGUUUUCCAUGUUUUUAAGUAAUUUGUGGAUUAGUUCAUGGUGACAUGUAUUCAUUCCCUUGAGCUUCCAACUUUGAAUACAAUUAAGACAACUUCAGCUUAGUUAAUGCACUUUCUAGAUUUCAUAAA